AAGUGAGUGAGAAAGUUGGAGGGGCAGAAGGAACGAAGCUCGAUGACGACUUCACUGAAAUGGAGAAGAAAAUGGACACCACCGCUCGGGCAGUGCUGGACAUCAUGACUAAGACUACUGAGUAUCUGCAGCCGAACCCAGCCACCAGAGCCAAGAUGAGCAUGAUAAACUCCAUGUCCCGUAUGCGGGGACAGGAGAAGGGUCCGGGCUACACGCAGACCGAGGCCAUCCUGGGAGAGUCCAUGCAGCGGUUUGGCCGGGAGCUCGGAGAGGAGUCUAACUUCGGCGGUGCUCUGAUUGAAGCUGGGGAAGCCAUGCGUGAGCUUGGAGAGGUGAAGGACGCUCUGGACAUAGAGGUCAAGCAGAACUUCAUCGAUCCGAUGCAGAACCUCCACGAAAAGGAUCUGAAGGAGAUUCAGCAUCACCUGAAGAAGAUGGAGGGUCGUCGUCUGGACUUUGACUAUAAGAAGAAGCGCCAGGGCAAAUGCACAGACGACGAGCUCAAGCAGGCCCUAGAGAAAUUUGACGACUCCAAGGAGAUCGCUGAGCAGAGCAUGUUCAACCUGAUAGAGAGCGACGGCCGAGGUCUCCAGCAGUAUCUCCAGUUCUCCGCCUGCUGUACUCACCCAUCAUUUCAUCACUUACCCAUCGAACAAAGAAACGUAAAGCUUCUGCACUUAUUUCACCUUUUCCUUUUUUCUUUACCCUUUGCAGCAAGAUCUCCAGCCAGGUCUCCAGCCCCGCUGGACCAGCCCUGCUGUCGUGCACUGUACGAUUUUGACCCCGAGAACGAAGGUGAGCUAGGCUUCAAGGAAGGCGAUAUCAUCACCCUGACCAAUAAGAUCGAUGACAACUGGUACGAGGGGAUGCUGCACGGCAACUCUGGCUUCUUCCCCAUCAACUAUGUGGAUAUCCUGGUGCCGCUGCCCCACUAAGACGUCACUGCUACCAGCUGUAUCUGCAACGAUGGCGAAAAAGAUCCUUGAUCUCCAGAUCUCCAGUCCUCCCCUCUAAGUAUCCCCACUAACCUUUUUCCCUUAACAUUCCUACCAACAUCCUGUACUCCACCUAAAGGAGUCAAAACAGCAACAACACAAAAACGAACGAGGAUUGGCGAAGUAUUAAAGCAAGUAUGCACCGAUUGAGCGUAAAAACUUUAAGUGAGGAAACAUCUGCGUUUAUGUCGUUGCUUCCCCCGUAUCCCAGGAGGUGCGUUCAGGCUCACGAAGUCGUUUUAUCCAUUUCUGUCCCGGCUUCUCUCUCGGUUUGAGUUGGCUGUCAGUCCGUCAUGAUAUCCAGGGCAGCGUUUCAAAAUCACAAUUUUCUCUCAUUCACUGUACUUUGUGGAAACCUCUUCAGUAGAUAGAUACUUUUCUCUCACAUACUAAGAAAAAAAAAAAAGGUCCACGUGCUUCAUGUUUGUUAGAGACUUUAGGUCAAGCAUGGUUUCAAGUGUUUAACGUUUUAUCUUACGAAAAAAUAUGUUGAGCUCAUUUUGUUCUGUUUUGAGCAGUCCUCUUUUUAAUGGUAGUCGUCUUUCGGCAUCCACAUGAUGUCCUCCAUAUUAGCCAUACAGAGUUUUGACAAAGGUUGUAGACUACAUUUAUCUAGUUGAUAACUAACAACCAAGAUUACCUAUCGUAUUUUUAUUUUUGAAAAUAUUAACAUGUGCACGUAAUUGGUUAUAUGUGAUUUAGAUACCAAAGUUACCUGCUAAAACCAGAGUCAACGCCAAUUUUAGCUUCAGGAUUCCCAGACAGCGAGAUGUCGGUGAAUCUGUUGGCGACGCCGCAUGGUGAAGCUUCGCAAUCUCUAGUUCUUUGGUAUUUUUAUCAGGAGGGAAAGCUGUAUUCUUGAGUAUGUGACAUUACUUAUCUGAGCCAGUGAUUAGUGGAGUGAUGACAUGAUUUGCAAAAACACAAGUUGUGAAGUUUAAACAGUUUGAAGUGAUGUAAGAAAACUAUGGUGCAUAAGUUUCAAAUCCUCCAACGUGUAUUUUAUCAGCAGCUUGUGUGAAAAAUGGUCGGUGUAUUGUGAUAUAAUAACUUAUAGGACUUAACUGCUCAUUGGGGCAACUGUUUCUUCUGCAGAUGAAGACGUAGCUCUUUUUACUGCAUCCCUACUACUCCCGAUAGUAUCCUGUAGUUUAGCAGUCUAUGAGCCAACGAUUAGGACAAAACUAGACAGGAGUGCACAAACGUCUGAACAGAAUGAGAAAUUAUUUAUUUUUGUCUUGUUGGACAUUUUUUAUUAAUUGGAAUGAUGCAACUUACACUAAAACCUCCUUUCUGCAACAUAAUAAUGACUUAAAGCCGCUGGUUAACCCUUUUCAUGUCUUGUUAGACCUCUGAAAAACUGCAAGAUUAUAAACAUCGUGUUUCCCCUCACCGGCUUUAUGGGUGUGUGCAGUAUUGUGUGGGAUUUUCUCUCCCCUUCUUUAAGAUAAUCUAAAACUCUCAGUUAUUACAGUACAUGUUAUAGUCAGAGCAGAUAGGUGCUGUUGUGCACACGUCACCCCCCAGGGAUUUAUUUCCUGCAAUAUCUACAAUGUAUUAACCCUUCUGCAGCAUAAUCUGUGCAGAAGUAAACAAUAUUUUCUCAACCAUCUUGUAUUAAUGUAGUCUGUGUGCUUUGGGGGAGGGGUUUGGUAAAUGUUAUGCACAGGGACGGGGCUUCAGAGGACCUCGAAUGCUGAGGUGUUUAAGAUAUACUGUUUCUGACAGUGUUCCACAUUAAAACAAACAUGGAUGUCUCUUUAAUCAAAAGACCAGUUCAUUAUAUUCAGUAGGAUUACAAUAAACGAUGCAAAAUCAACUAAAACCCAUAUUAAGUGUUUUUCUUUUUAAGGGAAGCACAACAUUAACAGACAGUAUAUUUGUUGGCAGGGGAAGAAUAACAGUUUAAAGGUCAUGUAUUUAUUUAUUUAUUUUGUAAAAGGCGAAACAAUGCCUUCCUUCUUUAUCUCUCACUUUUUUUUAACAAUCGUGUGUAUCUUUGCCCUCAAUGAGGACUGUACAGCUUUUCUGUUUUUGUUUUCACCUUGUGUGUAUAGUCGCGCAUCUACAGUAACGUAUCUUAUUUUUGUAACUGUGACAAAAGUAUACACAUACAGUAUAGAUGUAUAUAUACAGUAUAUUAUCCAAAAGCAAUGUGAAAGGAGGGAUUCUCUGUGCUGCACAUGAUUGUCUUUGGAUUGUUUAUUUGUUGGUUUUCUGUUUUGUUUUAUUUUAUUCUUGCACUGGAUUCUAAGACUGUAUGCUUGAUGUAAAGAAAACAAUGUGAUAAGUCAAUGUAAUUUAUUCAAAUAAAUACGAAGAAAUGGUUA